UUGAACGGUCUUUUCAUCUUUCCCCCCUCUUAUUACGCCACUCUACUGUUCCGAGUUCCGACUCUUUCAGUGUUCUCUCUUCCCCAUUAAACAGAGCCAGACUUUGAGAGAGAGAGAGAGAGAGAGAACCAUGGCGAUUGUUCAAGAACAGAAACAGAGCUCCAAACAGGUGUUGCAGAUUAAGAGGGGAAGAUCACCAAACAAGGAAGAAAAGCUGUUGAAGAGAAAAUCUUCAUGUCUCGAACAGACAACCAAGAACAUUAAUAUGGUCAAUGCUAAAUCCAUCAAGUCUGAAAGUAGUCUUAAACCAAAGAGAUUAAAGAGAGCAACAGAAGAAAGCGUAUAUGACACUUCCCAAGCUCAGCUCUCUGUUCUGGAAAGAGCAAAAGAGAUUGAAGCAAGUUUAGCACCAGGGUUUCCUACACUGAUCAAAGUUAUGCUACCGUCACAUGUUACGGGAGGAUUCUGGCUUGGUCUUCCUAAGAAAUUCUGUUGUGUGCAUUUGCCAAAACAUGACACGAUGAUUGCUUUGGAAGAUGAAAGUGGGGAAGAAUACCAAACCAAAUAUCUUGCGGACAAGGUUGGACUAAGUGGUGGAUGGAGAGGCUUUUCGAUUGCUCACAAGUUAGUGGAGGGAGAUGUGGUAGUUUUCCAUCGUGUCACUCCUUCAAAGUUCAAGGUGUAUAUUGUUCGAUCAAAGGGUUCAGAUGAAUCGGAUUGCUCUCUUGGCCUUAUGAACCUAGGUGUUUGCAUUAAAGAAAUGGAUACUGGGGACAUUACUACUUGUGAAGGGGCAGAAUAUGAGGAUAUUAGACCUAUUUCGGUGGAAAAUCCUCAAAACUAUAACACCAUAGCCUGCAAUACUAAAUCCAGUCCGAUUGCUGAUCUGUCUGAAAAUGAUACUGGAGGUCUUGGUUCUGAAGUGUUUGAUGGAAUUGGACUCGCAGAGUCUGUGAUUCCUUUCAAAGAAGUGAGCUCCUUGGAGAACUUCAACAUCAUCGUCGAUGGUUUCAUCAUAAAUUCCGAGUUUCCCAAACCAGUUUUGGCUAAGUACUAUGACCUUUGCUGCAGUCAAAACGCAUACCUUCAUGAACGUCUUCUGGAUGGUCUUAAUUGGCAACUCAUAACCGGGGCAAUUUCUGAAAUAACAACCAUCGCAGAAGGCAUAAGGACCUGCAAGGCUUCCACAUUAGAAUGUAAUUUUCCAACUUGGAAUAAGACUCUACAGGCCUUUGAGGUGUUUGGCAUGAAUGUUGGUUUCCUGCGUACCCGGCUAGACAAGCUUGCAAGUCUCGCUUCAGAGUCAAAAAGAGGUAAAGAGGCAAGACAUGAAAGGGAACAAGCAGAAGUAGAGAUGAGAACCUUGGAGGCAAAGCUGUUGGAAGUGAAAAGGACCAUAAGCAGGCUGUUGGAAGUAGAGACUGAGACUCAAAAUGUGAGUUCAGAAAAGCUUGAGGAUAUGCUCCAACAAGUGGCUAAGGCCCCUUGGUGAUGGCAAAAUCCACAACCAGAAAUGUGCUACUUGAUCAUGAAGUUUUUUUGUGUCAUAUUAGUACUCAGCUCAUCAACUGACAAGUCUUUUAGUAUAGGAGAUCUCUUAGAGCUGAGCUGAUCUUUUGGGGUAGCUUAACUAUGGAACUAUGGUUGUCUUCUUGUUAACAAUAGUAUGUCCUUCUGCACAAAAUCCAAAACAGUGAAAGAAAAAAAAAUCAAUGCAUGUA